AUGGAGUACAAUUACAGAAUAUGCCUACGGUGUUGGGGAGGGAGAUUAGGCAGAGAACAGUGACUGGUGCAUCGCGGAUAGGUACAAGUACGGAGAUUUCCUGUUCGCAAUGCGUCUCUUUGCGCGCAUCAUCAAAUGCCGUCGCUUGGCGGGGCUAUGGACCUACAGAAUAGUCCGCUGCAGCUCGUGAGAAAUAUAGUAUAUACUUUAUGCUUCGAAGCUGAUGUCACCCUCUUCGUAUCAAUAGUACAAAAGCAUAAUGUAUUUAGACAUGGAGCUUACACUCGUUCUAUAAGCGUGGCGUUGGGGAACAGAAUUUACGCCAGUUCAGGACCAACCACAUGGCCCAUUUCUUUUCCAAAUCUUCCCCUUUUCUCCCCUCCUUCUCUCUGGCAUCGCCUGCUGUGAAAUUGCUUACCGCACGGUAUUCCAAAGACAACCUUGGACCAGCUCAAAUGCCGGUGUUUGGGUGCUCAUUUUUUUUUUUUGCCGAAUUGGGUGCCCUCGCGCGCUCGCCUGCUCAGCUGCCGUCGCUACCAGCGCUCUUUUCCACAAACUACGGAGCACGUAAGAAGCUGCCAUCACUGCCUAGCAGUGCUUAGCACCGAGUAGUGCGCCAUUCGCCUGUAAAUCCUCUCGUUAGCCUACUGUAGGACGCCGCGGAAGGCGGACCGCGCAUGGCGGCCAGGGCGAGCCGACCAGCUGGAUACUGGAGGCCGGCUUCUUACUGGAGGGAGCUGGAAGCAGGCGAGUAAUGGCGAGGAGGCUAAGAAGCGCGCCUCGUAACGCAGAAAAAGGUAUUGAUGGAAUCAGUGCUACUGCAAUUACCGCGAAGCAUAUAUGGCCGCACUAGCGGUUGUGAGGUGGUGUUACCUACCUCGAUUUGGCCUUUAAGCUUUGACGAGUGCUAGCCGAUGGUUUUCUCCCGGAGUUCUGGGUCAUUGUAUCUUGUGUCUUGUGUCUGGUGCGUCAAUGCUAUUGUGCGAUAGUGCCAGGCGCUAGCAGUAGAGAUGCAGUCGUGUAACCAACAGCUUACAGUGUGUGUCGUAUCGCUGCGACGCAAGCCAGCGCCAUGACAGCAUCGAAUAUCAUCGACGCACCAAAGGCUUACAGCGCUGCUGCGACGAUGCAUGUAUGACGUUGCGCC